GACCAAAUUGUUGACGUUUAGUUUAAGCAUUUUUAAUGCUUGUUCGUGCAAAAUGAAGCACAUUUCGUUGAUAUACUGCGCAUGUCCCACAGCCGUAGUUCGUACUCCAGGGCACACCGUAUGCCGGCCGUAUUUUAAAUCAUCAUUCGACCGGGAACGCCGCCAAACGUGUUAGUGUUCUUGCAUUACAUCAAUACUUUCUGAUUGAUGGCCGUUUGCAUAUUCCUUAAGCCGAAGAAAUAAAUUGUCGUACUGAAAGCAUGGCUUAUCGGAACAACAACAACCGUCGUGGCGGAGGUGGUGGAAGCGGCGGCGGUGGCGGUGGAAGUGGUGGCGGAGGUGGCGGCGGUGGCGGAGGUAGCAGUAGUAACUUCGGAAACAACUAUGGCAACCGUAUCAAUCCUUGGGAUGCGGGUGUGGGCGGGGUCCGCGUGAACAAUGAUGCGCUCUCGUUUGCCAACAGUUUAAUUAACAACCUGCUCGGCAAUCAAAACGCGAACCACCAAGUGCCGUCGCUUCUGGACGGUGUGCAAUCUUCGCGAUUUGACGAUAUGAAUGGAUACAAUUUUAUUAGGAACCGAUACACCAAAAAUCGUAACAUAAAUGGACGUGGCAUUCGCAAACCGGAUGCAGUUGUUCGUUCCAAGAACGUACUAUCGAAAAAUUAUAAUAAACCUUUAGGUAAAGAUGCUCUCGGCAAUGCUGGUACAAGCAGCCGAAACGAUCAUAGUGGUAAUAAAGGAGUCAAAAAGGGCAAUCCAGCUGGUGGCCCUGUGGGUGGGUCGAAGGAAAAAUCCUCCACUUCAAAGGUAUCACCGUACAUGGAUGUGUCGAACGACUUUCUCUACUGUCAUAUGUGCGAUAAGCAUAUGUACGACGCCACAUCGUUUGAGAACCACAUUACCGGUCGAACGCAUCGGGUAAUGAAGGAAAGCAUUGAAGAGAGCUAUCGAAUGCGUGCUACACUGUUGCGGCAGGAGGCCCGCAUCGCCGAGCAGCUUAAAACGAUCGAGAUCGAUCGUCUGAAGCGUAUGGGGAAGGCGAAAAACUACUACAAGGUGCGCGAGUACUGUCCCAUGUGUGAACUGUUCUUCUACGGGCACAUCAUUGCCCAUCGGCGCUCCGAGAAGCAUUUGGAUUUGAAGAAGUUCCUUCACCCCAAGUGCGACGACUGUGAGCUCGAGUUUCACAAUCGCACGGAAUAUGAUGAUCAUCUACUUUCGAUUGUACACAUGAAAAACUGCAAAUCAAAACCGAGUCGACUUGAGAUCGAACGAAAGGCAAAACAGUUGACCAUCUCUACAAUGAACGAUGAAUUGCUGGAUAUUCGUGAAGAGAUAGCACCCAAAAAGAGAAAGGAAAAGGAUACCUCAGGGACGAGCACAAAGAAAUCGGAUAUAGAAGGCAAGUCUGCGACCAAGACUCAGCUAGCCGAACAGUCCGCAUCAGGUGGUACCGAGGAGAACGGCGAGUCGAGUAAAGUGGGCGAAGAAGGGACCGCCAUGGCUGAAGCCACAGCUGAUGAUGCCGGCGACUGCAGCAAACCAUCAGUGGAAGAUGGUGUCGGUGCGACACUGGACGACCCGAAGCUGGACGAAGAAUGCCCUGAGGAUGAGAUGGUAAAGGAGGAAGAAAGUGAAGACUGUAUACUAGAUUACAAACCGGGCGACGAGAUCGCGCCGGAAAUUGACAACAAGUUGCCUCGCUACAAAAAGAACCGCGCCCUCGGGUUGAGCUUAAUUGGGAAGCUGGAAUGUGUGGAGUGUCGUAUCUGCCACAAGUAUUUCGAUAGUGAGGCAACCGGCGAGGUGCAUGCUCGAACACAUUCGCACUACCGUGCUUUUAUUCGCUUUCUCAAUGAGAAGGCAAUGGAGGUACGCAUCGCUCAGAAGCGUGCCGCCGUUGCGUUGGAGGAAGCGGAGGCGGCCAAGAAGAAACAAAAGCUGGUCGAUGAGAAAAAGUGCACUGGAGAGCAGAACGGUGAACAGGCAAACAACGGUGAAGGCGAAAAGAAGGACUCGGACCUGUACGAUCCCUCGGAAGCCACAGAAUCUGGCGACGCCAGCAUGGCUGAGGAUGGUAAAAGCGACGACGGUCAUAACGGAUCGGAACAGGUCGAGCCAAUGGAAACGGAAGCAGCAUCGGACUUGGUGGGCAAGGACGGUGCGAGAACGUCUACUACCCCUGCAAACGAAGAUGACGAAUCGGGUGCACAGACCGAAGCAGACUCCAGCAAAGAGGACGACAGUAAAGAAUCUAAGGAUGACAAACCCAACCCCAAGGGCGGUAAUCGACGUGGACGAAACACACGUUCUGGACGUUUCGCUGGACGCUAUUAGUAUGCACGCGCAAAGUCUUGCAAACGUGUAGAGCGAUCUAGGAAAGAGUACUUCUUACCAAAGAACAGUUUCUAAAUUUCUAUGCUAUUCAAACGUGCAAACGUGAUUGGUCUCUGAAAGAGGCACAUUUUUCUUUAAUUCCGGUUUUAUCUGCACCUGCCGCACAAUUUCUAACCGCGAUACAAUGUUCGUGCUGGAAAUGGAACAAAAAUAAAGCACACAACAUACUAUAAAAGAAUCCAAUUCAAAAUGGGCCGGUGAACUAAUCGCGAGCAAGAUUCGCACGCCGUUCAAUGUAUCAUUCGCUUACACAUAGUACCGACGCUAUCGAUAAUCGAAUGUUUUGUGUAGCGCAGUUUAAGUCAUACUAGCUUGCUGUGGUAGCAUUAUUCUCCCUCGCAUACACACCACGUGCUACAAUCUGUUGCACAUCUAACGCAAACCAGUGGCAUAGGACAACAACGUAUGUGCUCGAGAUGUGAACAGUGGAUGUAUAUGAACGUAUUUGUAUGUGUGUAUGUGUGAUUGUACAAUAGUUACGCGAAAGGAUCAAGAAUCGUUACCGUACCAACGUAUUCGCCAUAAACAGCGGCCAUGAAUCUCCUGAGAUUAUUUGUAAUGGGUAUGUCGCACAAACGUGGUAUGGAUUGGAUGUGGUGAAACCCGUCUGACGAGAACGGCUAUGUACCGCAACUGCAGAAGCAUAAACACAGUACAGUAUUCAAUCUCUGCGUGACCCUCUCAUCUGUACUUUGUGUGUUAAUUAUCUGUUCAGCCCAAUAGUUCAGUGAAUGUUUUAACUGAAACAUAAUCUGGAGAACAUACGAGUGGAUAGGUGAACAUGCAAUAUGCGGCAAAAAAGGAGUGAAAAUGUUUUAAAAGCUAUAAUUAGUGCAAUGUCUGUGCUUGCACAGAAGCGAGCAACUGCUUUUUAAGACUAGUAGCCAGAUGUAUACUCAAAAUCUACCAAAUGCCACCAUGAACAAUUUUGCAGCUGCAAACAUCAUUCAAAUUGUUAAUUGUCAUCGUUUCUCUUCUUACUCUACUCUAGCACCAAGCUGUUCAUAACCAAUGUACCGAUAUGUAUGCAUGCAAUUUGAUCCUCGUAAGCGCAAUAAGUCUGCGCCAUAAGCUAACACAAACAAAUAGUAUGAUAAAAAAUGAGCCCCAAAUAUUUAGAAUUGUUUCGAAAACGAUCGACAAGCGGCCGAUAACGAGCUCCUGCAUCAAAGCUAGCGUGUUGAAAGCAACCGCAUUAACACUUUUGUCCGAUCUUCGAUCUAUUGUCAGUAAUGCGCUACAGUCACUAGGACACUAGGAUGGCAUAUGGAAAUGUCAGCAUCAAAAUCAAACAUUUUUCUAUAUAUUAAAAAAGCAUAUGGUGGUACACAAUUUUCAACACAUGCAUGCAACAGCAAUUAAUUACCAAUCGCUUCUAAUUGUGUAGUGCAGCGGGUUAGCGCAAGGUAUGCGCAAAAUGCAAUAUUCCGCAAUCGGGUUUGAAACCGCUUACCCAGCUUUAUCCAGUUUGUCCGAUUCGUUUCUACUGAAGCUGGCUAGUCAUCCUAAACUACUGUGUUUAGCUUUGUAAUGAUAUAAGUUUUCUUUCUCACUGUAAUGCACCGAAUCGGUACAAAAUCAGUCUAAGAAAUGAAAGUCCAUACUCAAAAAUUACACUGAAAUGAAUUUGCACACUGCAGCUGCAGCGCACACAAUAUCUGUAUGUCACGCAAAUGAGCAAUAAUAAAAAGAAACAAAAUUAAAAUAAGCAACAGCAAAUAACACAAAAAAAAACAAACAAACAAACAAACAAAUUAAUCACAUAACGCCGCCCGAAGCUCAGCAAUAGCAUCAACACAUGGAAGCAAAACAAAAACAAAAAAAAACAAAACAGUAUAUGUUAGCUAUCGUCUAUCCGGUUCUGGUGCCAGGUGUGUAGUGAUUGUUUCGUAGUCAAAUGUAAACGUUCAGAAUAACACUCUUAUAACAAUGCAGGGCAAAGGGAUAAAAGGAAAUCACAUCUAUAUCGAGGUGAAACUAAAUGCCACGCUGCACUCGAUCACCACCACCGUAUGCGGCCGUUUGGUGCGUCACUUAAUUGGUUCAUAGGCAGCGUACUACUGAAUGUAUUGGCAACCUACAAAGAAUUAAAUUAAUUCUUUGCCUAUUAUAACACCUACUGACAGCCACUGCAACCCAUGCUUAGCGUUAUGAUAUUGACCUCAUCAUGAAAUUGUAAGUCGAAACGCCCCUUUCGAUCGAUCGAUUUUGAUAGCUCCCAAAGCUGAGACAAGGUCGAGGCGGCUUGCUUUCGGUUCGAGAUUACCCUUUGCAUGAUGUGUUAAUUUCGUCGUGUCGGGGGUGUGCAGCAUUGAAAUGAAUAGAAUUAUUCUGAAAUUCAGAACAACUUAAAACCAGCGUGGUGAUGAUAGCCGUAAACGUACGGGGUACAGCUGUAGCCGUCUCGUAAAGGAUCAGAAAAUCGAACCUGAAGCAGAGUAAGGCAGAAGCACCCAUGAUGAAAUCAAAGAAGAGUGAGAUUUGAGAAAAAUAAUUGUAAUAAAAAUUCAAUCGUAAUAACAUACUUUAGGAAGAAGGGUAGUAUCACCGGUUCAUGUGACUAUAGUGCAGAUGGUUGCGGGUUUCAUUCAAUCGCAGAGAGAUUAAAUUCAUACCAUCUUUUAUCUGGAGCCUGUAUUCGAAGUAUGAAGCAAUCUUAGAUUGGAGAGAGCAAACGAAAGCGUGUGAAUCGUGUGUGGCUAGUGUUUUGUAACAUCUGGUGGAACGUGUUUGCCUACGAAAUGGAAUGCUUUCGACGAAGGCGAUGAAUAAGCUAGAAUAAAUGCGUAGAACGACAAAGAGAGAGAGAGA